GCACCUAAACGCACCGGUCGGGCGGCGGAAUGUGUAAGAGCGAAAUAACCGCUGGGUCAAUCUACGGCUAGCUUGCACACCCAUGCUGUCAGUUUUUAGUUAUUAUUCGCUUAUUAGUCUCCUCGUGAAAGAAAUAUGGAUUUGACUGCGUUUGCGCAAAACUGCGCCACUGGCUGAGACUCCUCUGCCUGUAAGUAAACUAACCAGACAAACCGCGCGUCUCCUCCCGCCUUCUCCCCCCGGCCGCGUUCAGUUCCUCACCACCGGUAUCGGGUAUCUCGAUGGCGGACCCGGCGCAACCAGCCCCGGGAAACGCGGAGGAGGAGAAGACGGAGCGUAUUAACGACGCAGAGCUGGCUCUGAAAGGAAUCAAUAUGCUCCUCAACAAUGGCUUCAAGGAGAGCGACGAGCUCUUCAGGACAUACAGGAACCACAGUCCCUUGAUGAGUUUCGGGGCCAGUUUUGUGAGUUUCUUGAAUGCCAUGAUGACGUUUGAAGAGGAGAAAAUGCAGAUGGCCUUUGAGGACCUCAAAGCUACAGAGAGACUGUGUGAGAGCGAAAACACUGGUGUCAUUGAAACCAUUAAAAACAAGAUCAAAAGGAGUACGGACUCUCAGAGGUCUGGGGUGACUGCAGUGGACCGACUUCAGAGGCAGAUUAUCAUUGCAGACUGCCAGGUUUACCUUGCAGUGCUGUCUUUCAUCAAACAAGAGCUGUCAGCAUAUAUCAAAGGAGGCUGGAUCCUUCGUAAAGCCUGGAAGAUGUACAACAAAUGUUACAGCGACAUCACACACCUGCAGGAACGCAGCAGAAGAAGGGCCUCAGAACAACAAGCGACGCCGUCUCCGUCUCUGUCAUCGUCCUCUGAGCCGUCCGACCGCAGCCGCUCGUCUUCACCCGGGCCAAGCCCGUCCCAGAGACUUGACGGUAUCAGCCCAGAAGCUCUGGAUAGGCUAAAAGGUUCAGUCAGCUUUGGUUACGGCCUCUUCCACCUCUGUAUCUCGAUGGUGCCGCCGCACCUACUGAAGAUCGUGAACCUGCUGGGCUUCCCAGGCGACCGCCUUCAAGGCCUGUCAGCGCUCACAUACGCUAGUGAAAGUAAGGACAUGAAGGCCCCCUUAGCGACCUUGGCCCUCCUGUGGUACCACACAGUAGUGCAGCCCUUCUUUGCUCUGGACGGCACAGACACACAGACAGGACUAACAGAAGCCAAGUCCAUUCUCCAACAAAGGGAGGCUAUCUAUCCAAACUCCUCCCUCUUCAUGUUUUUCAAAGGCAGAGUCCAACGCCUUGAGUGCCAGAUCAGUAGUGCCUUGACGUCCUUCAGUGAUGCCUUAGAUCUGGCCUCUGACCAGAGGGAGAUUCAGCACGUGUGUUUAUAUGAAAUAGGUUGGUGCAGCAUGAUCGAACUGAACUACAGAGAAGCCUACAGGGCCUUUGAGAGACUGAAGACCGAGUCUCGCUGGUCCCAGUGCUACUACGCCUAUUUAACUGGAGUUUGCCAAGGAGCCACAGGUGAUCUGGAGGGAGCUGUCUCUGUGUUCAAGGAUGUUCAAAGACUUUUCAAACGCAAGAAUAAUCAGAUAGAAUUGUUCUCCAUGAAGAGGGCGGAGAAGCUAAGGAGCCCCUGUCUGUCCAAAGAACUCUGCAUCCUGUCGGUGAUUGAGAUACUUUACCUGUGGAAAGCUCUGCCCAACUGCUCCACUGCAAAGCUGCAGACAAUGACACAAGUUCUGCAGGGCAUUGAUGAUGCCUCAUGUGCAGGCCUGAAAAACCUACUUCUUGGUGCCAUAAACAAAUGUCUUCAUAAUACCAAAGAUGCCAUUCAGUAUUUCCAUCUGGCUGUGAGGGAUGAGGUUGGUCGUCUGACCAACUCUUACGUUCAGCCCUACGCCUGCUAUGAACUGGGCUGUGUGCUGCUGAACACCCCAGAGUCUGCAGCAAAGGGCCGCAUGCUCAUGCUUCAGGCCAAGGAGGACUAUGCUGGCUAUGACUUUGAGAACAGGCUCCAUGUGCGUAUUCAUUCAGCUCUCGCCUCUAUGAGGGCUGCAGCCCAACCUUGACCCACACCUCAGACAGAACUGGAAGAAACUGUCUUUGAAAAAGCCACAAUACUGUUACAGGCACUUAUGUUCACACAGUUUUAUUUGUUUUAAUUAAGUAACUUAUUUUUUUCAGAUUAUGAGCCAAUAUAUCAUUUUAAAAUGUGUGCAAUAGAACUGAUCUGUUACUGCACUGCACAAUUAGAUGAAUUUGGUUUUUAUUGUUUACAUUGCUAAUUUUGAAACUAGAUGCCAGUUACAUCAGAUGAAAAUCUAUCAUUUAAUUUUGAAAGGCAUCGAUCAUUUUGCUUCCAGGGGGGUUGAUUCUUCCUCUGAUCUGGAGAAAAGUCAGGUCAAUAAUGUAACGGCACAUAUCAAGUAUUAACUGACAAAGCAAUUAAUACAGUUGGCUCCUCAGCCUAUGACUUUGAGAAGCAGAAAUUCUUACCAUCUCAGUGUUGGUGUUUGACUUUGACGUUUGUGCUGUAAAGGCUUUGCUACUCCAUAGGCAUGACUACUGAACAGUGAUUAUUGUUAUUUUUGAGCAUAGACCCUUUUUUAAGCAGAAUUGUUCUUAUCAUUGUAAAUAUGUCUUGAACACAAGUUUUAAUAAUGUGCCAACAUCAUGCUGUGCCACUUUUGAGUGGCCUAGAUGCACAGUGGGACUAUUUGCUGUAAACUGGUUCUACUUUAUAUUCAUUUGUUUUAAGAUAAUAAAAUGAAUAUUGUAAAA